AUGGAUGUGGAAGAGGAGGAGGAGGAGAUGGAGGAAAAGGAGGUAGAGGAGGAGGAAGAGCAGGAGAAGGAGCUGGAGGAGGAGGAGGAGAAGCAGGGGGAGGAGCAAAUGGAGGAGAAGGGGGUGGAGCUGGAGGAGGAGAUAGUGGAGGAGGAGAAAAAGGAGGAGAAGGGAGAGGAAGUGCUGGAGGAGGAGCUAGAGGAGGAGGAGGAGGAGCUGGAGGAGGAGGAGCACCAAGCACUGCAAAGGAAGCACAAGCUGGUAGAGGAAGAGUGCAAGCAGAGGAAACGCCCACACCCAGCAGUGAUUGACAUGGACAAGGAGAUGGAGGUAGAGGAGAUCAAGACCAAGCCUCACAAGCAGCUGGUGAACAGCAUCACCCAGUGA